GCUGCACUUUCUGCUCAGCCGCACGAGAGUGGUUGCAGACCCAUCCAGCAUGUUCUCCGGCCUCUUAUCACUCGCGCAAACACUCCUCUCGAUUGGGGGUCUCGUGUCCGGCCGCCCGUCUGUGUCGAUCCGGAAUGGCACCAUUCUCGGUGUGGAUCUGCCGAAUCUCGGGCAGCACGUGUUCCUUGGGAUCCCGUUCGCGCAGGCGCCCGUCGGCGAGCUGAGACUGCGCGCGCCGCAGCCGAUUGUGACUCCUCUGGGGGACUUUGACGCUUCGCGCUAUGGCGCGCACUGCUGGGGCGGUGUCUCCGCUGCAUUCGACGACAACAAGGGUUAUGAGAGCUCCGAAGACUGUUUGACGCUGAACGUCGUCCGCCCGUACGUCGCCACGGCUGAGAAGCCCGUGCCUGUCGUUGUUUGGAUUCAUGGCGGCGGUUUUUUCACUGGUGGCAGCGGCGAUUCACGAUAUAACGGAAGCUUCCUCGUCGAAGCCUCGGUGGCAAACGGCAACCCGAUCGUGUUCGUUUCAAUCAACUACCGCCUAUCGUCACUGGGAUUCUUGGCCGGCAGGGCCCUGGCCAGUGAAGGCUCGCUGAAUUUGGGUCUGAGGGACCAACGUCUGGCGCUUCACUGGGUCCAGGAAAAUAUCGCUAGAUUCGGCGGAGAUCCAAAAAAAGUCACCAUCCAAGGCGAAAGGUGCGUCUCUUGACGUGUUUGAUCUUUCCCAAUGAGCAUUUUUCCAGUGCUGGCGGGGCGAGCGUCCACGCACACGUAGUGGCCUACUCGGGCCGCGACGACCACCUCUUCCACCAGGCCAUCCCACAGAGCGGCACCUUCGGCCAGAAGCACAGCGCACCCGACGCGCCGCAGAUGCAGGCGACAUACGACAAGCUGCUUUCGAGCACCACGUGCGCGCAAACCGCCGAGCAGGCGAGUGACGUGCAGCUGGCCUGCAUCCGCGCGCUGCCGAUCCAGGAGUUCCGGGAGGCCACGGGUGGUGGGAUGACAGGUUUGGUCGCCGACGGCGAUCUUCUCGACGUCGGGAGCGCAUUGGACGCCUACAAAAAGGGGAAUUGGGUCAAAGUCCCGCAUCUGAUUGGCAGCAACACCGACGAAGGGUGGAGUUUCGGUGCGCGGGGAGCCAAUACCACUGAACAGACAAAAGCUCUCCUGGCCGGGCUGGUUCCCUCGGAACAUCUCGACGCCCUGCUCAGGUUGUAUCCUGACGUACCCGCCCUCGGAUGCCCGUUCAACACUGGGGAUCUGCAGCCGAGCGCUGCCGGGGCGGUGGAUUUCUUCAGUUCUGCCGAGAUGCCGUCUGGGCUGCAGAACAAGCGUGUUGCGGCGAUUGUCGGCGACGUGAUGCUGGCUGCCGGGCCCCGAUGGCUCGCGCAGGUGGCGUCCAGGGAGGUUGCUGUGUUCAAAUAUAGGUUCAACCACGUGCCGUACAGCACGUCGUCGGGUGUGCAGGAUUAUGUCGGCCACUUUGUCGAGGUCCCGUAUGUAUUCAACCUCCAAAACGACGAGACCGCAUUUUGGAAGGAGCACGGCUGCACGGCGACAUACCUCGGCCCAGGGGCACCGACGGGCGAUCGCUCCCUCGGGAUCGCGAUGAGCCGCGCGUGGGCGAGUUUCAUUGCCACCGGGGAUCCCAACGAGGCGAACGUUCCCGGUCAGACGCACUGGCCUCCGUAUUCUGAAGGCGCGCGGAACUUGGUUUGGCAGACACGCGGAUCCGUCGUGGAAAACGAUGUCAGUUGGGAUCUGUUUCCUCCCCCUCCUGAUGAUCAGAAAACUGACAGUUUGGAAAGAAUUAUAGAGAGGAGGGGAUCCAGUUCAUUGUAGAGAAUAUCGUGUUUUAGUAGGAUCAUCCAGGACGCAUGGACGCAGGGCGGCUGCGGCCGAAUUUGACACGUUGGACGAUGUAAACAGGAAAUGAAAUCUCCGAUUUUGUGUA